AUUACCGAAGAAGACGUUCGAUGAUAUCAGAGUGUAUCGUGGCAAAUAUUUCGUCAUAAUUGGUGCGCGAUGAGACUCGUAGGAUGGUUAUUCUGCUCGUUCCUCGUGUUCGCCGGCUCGGAUGCCGGCGGCCCGAUUCUAGUCCUGCUUGACAAUCUCGCUAUUAAGGAGACUCAUUCAAUAUUCUUCAAGAUGUUACAAGAUAGUGGUUAUACAUUAACUUUCAAAUCAGCUGACGAUGCAACUUUGCAACUUUCCAAAUAUGGCGAAUAUUUAUAUGAACAUCUGAUAAUAUUUGCACCUACGGUUGAAGAGUUUGGUGGUGCUUUGAGUGUAGACGCCAUAACGGAGUUUAUAGACAAUGGUGGAAAUGUACUGCUUGCUGGCUCCUCACAUUCUGGCGAUGCUGUACAUGAGUUAGCUUCGGAAUGUGGCUUAGAGGUAGAUGAGGAAGGCUCCACUGUAAUCGAUCAUAUGAACUAUGAUGCUUCUGACAGUGGUCAACACACUACUAUAGUAGCAGAUCCAGCGAAUCUAAUAGAUGCUCCAAUUAUUGUCGGAAGCAAAAACAUUCCCCCAUUGCUAUAUCAAGGAACCGGACUAAUCGCGGACACAGAUAAUCCUUUAAUUUUACGUUUAUUAUCAGCAUCUACUUCAGCAUAUACCUAUUAUCCAGAUCAACCAAUCAAAGAGUAUCCACAUGGUGUUGGCAAAAAUACUUUGUUAAUAGCGGCUCUACAGGCAAGAAAUAAUGCCCGAGUUCUAUUCUCGGGUUCCCUGUUUUUCUUCAGUGACGAAGCAUUUACAAGUCCUAUUCAAAAGGGACAAGAUGGUCAAAGAUACGAGAAAUCUGGCAAUCAAGUGGUAGCCAAGGCCAUAACACAAUGGGUGUUCAAGGAGAACGGUGUCAUACGGGUGUCGUCCGUUCACCAUCAUCGAGCCGGUGAAACGCAGCCGCCAACUGCGUAUACGAUCAUGGACAACGUGGUGUAUUCCAUCGAAGUCGAACGACUAUCAGAUGGCAAGUGGGUGCCUUACGAGACAAACGAUCUGCAGCUGGAAUUUGUACGAAUCGACCCGUUCGUGCGUAUGACAAUGAAAUCAGUAGGAAAUGGUCGCUACGAGGGCAGAUUUAAGAUCCCUGAUGUGUAUGGGGUAUACCAAUUCAAGGUUGACUAUACGCGCAUCGGAUUGACCCAUCUUUACAGUACGACGCAAGUUUCUGUGCGUCCACUGCAACACACACAAUAUGAACGCUUUAUACCGAGCGCAUUUCCAUACUACAUAAGUGCAUUCUCCAUGAUGGCUGGUGUGUUUUUGUUCUCUCUCGUGCUGCUGCACUACAAAGAAGAUAUGAAACCCAAGUCCGAAUAACGUCUUGAUGCUCCCGGACAUUAUCUAUCAAUGUUCGAUGGGAUAUCUUUUUUUAAAGAUUGCAAUAUCACUUUGUUUUUUUUUCUG